GCGGUAUUUUAAUUUUGAUUAUAGCGACGGUUUUUUUUAAUUUUAUUUUAUUAAUUAACUAACAAAUAAUUUAGUAAUUAAAUAACAAAUAGACAAAUUAAAUUUUAAAUGAAACAACAUCCCAACCACCACCACCAUCGCAAAGUCAACCUGCUUGAAUGGCGGCGAAAGAUUAUGAUCACCUUUUUAAAUUUCUAAUCAUUGGAGAUAGUGGUGUUGGCAAAAGUUGCAUCUUACAAAGAUUUGUUGUAGACACUUUUCCUAGUUCCUAUGUCUCAACGGUUGGUGUCGAUUUCAAGAUACAGACGCUCAAAUUAGACGGGGAGAGAAUUAAGUUACAAAUUUGGGAUACUGCUGGCCAGGAAAGAUAUAGAACAAUCACAUCCACAUAUUACAGAGGUACACAUGGUGUCAUAGUGGUGUACGACAUAACAAACAGAGAAUCAUUUCUUAACAUUAAGAAGUGGUUGUAUGAGAUCGAUCAGAACUGUGAUUAUGUACCAAAGAUCCUAGUUGGGAAUAAGAUCGACUCGUGCCAUGAGGUUAGUAGGGAAGAAUUGAAAUAUCUGGCCGAUUAUCUCAACCUACCAUUCAUUGAAUGCAGUGCUAAGCAUAACACUAACAUCUCUGAGAUCUUCGAAACACUGACCAAGCAGGUAGUGAAGGUGAAGAAGGACCAACUAGCCAGACAACAUAACAGCAAGCCUGAGUCCAUCAAGUUAACAUCUAAGAGUCCUAAGUCCAAGAAGAGAGUUCAGAAAAAGUGCUGACUGUGUGUGAAGAUUAAUUCUUCAUUCAUUUCAUCAACUAUUCAUUCCUUCGUUUAUUCAAUCAAUCAUUCUCAUUCAUUCGUUUGUUUAUUUAUUCAUUCAUUUGUUUGCUCAUUCACCUGUUCAUUCGUAUUUUACUCACUUAUAUAGCUUGUAACUUUUAUAUACUUCUGCCAUACGUUUAUUUAUUAUGUUUACACAUUUUGUUCAUUCGAUCAAUCGUUCAACCAUCCAUUCAUCCAUCCAUCCAUCCAUUUAUUCAUUCAUUCAUUCAUCCCUUCGUUUGAUCAAUUAACCAUUCAUUCAUAGAUUCAUUUCUUCGUUUACAUGAAAUCAAAUCUAAUUGUAGUGCUGUAGUAAAAUUAAUGGUUAUCAAAAAAAUGUAAUAUUUGUAUUUACAUUCACUAUUCAUACACACGCACACGCACGUACAAAUACACACGUACACACACGCAGAUAAAAAAAAUUAAAUUAUUUGAAUCUUUUUUUAAUUUAAUUUUUAUGUUUUGGUCUAUGUACAUGAAUUUUAUAACUGAAAUAAUGGCCUGGCCUGCGCGCUGAUAUGACGGUAGAGUUCGUUGAAAAGUGAAUUGUAAUAAAUAAUGACGUAAAGUAUUUAAACUUAAAUUUAUUCCGAGAUAUAUUAUCCACUCACUCGUUUAUUUAAUUAUGGACUGCAGUUGAUAAUAUGAUAUCUUUUGAUUACUGACAGUAGUAAAUAGUAUUAAUAUCAGAUAUAAUAUUUUGUAAAAGAAGCUAUAUUAAUUUAUAUGUUUGUUUGUCUAUGUAUGGCUUUAUGUGUGUGCGCUUGUGUUUUUUAUGUGUGUUUUUGUACGUGUAUAUGUACGUGUGUGCCUACGUGCGUGUGUGUGUGCCUGCGUGUGUGUGGGUCUAUGUAUUUGUUAAAUUUCUAUUUUAUAUUGUUUAGCAUUAUUACUAAACACAACAUUAGAGUACGUUCUAUUACAUUACGUUAAAUAACAUUACAAUAAAUUAUAUAUCACUAAAAUAAUUCACAUUAAAAUACAUUACACGAAAUAGGAUACAUUACAUUUGGUUACUAUCUAACCCCUCAUUACGUUUUGUUACUUCAUUCCAAACUAUGUACAUUUCGGUUGUUCCAUUUCAUUUUUCAAUUUGUUUCCUGUCUCUAUCUAUAAUUUGUUUCCUCUCUCUGUCGGUUUUUCCAUGUUGUUUUAUUAUUUGAUUGUUUUUUCAAUUUUUUAGAAAUAAUAUUCAUGUCUAGACAUCUUUCAUUUAUAUAUUUUUAUCAUUUGGUUUUGCAUUCAUAUAUACAUACAUCUUUCCAUCUUUUUUGUACUGAGGUUGAUGCGGUUUUAGACUCCUUUUGUGAUUGCUUUUUUUUCUUAUUUUUUGUUGUUUGAAAAAAUGAAUUAAUGCUUUUUUUUAUAAUUCUUAUUUAUUUUGAUGGUAUUGUGCCUUUUGAACGUGAGUUUUUUCAGAGAAAUUUUGGUUAAUUAACUAGGAAAGAAUUUGUUUUUGUGUGCGUGUGCGAUAGUUCAAUUUUUUGUUCACGUGAAAUAUCUUUCAUUUUAAUGCUUUUUCUCGUAGUCAGCUUAGUAGUCUGUGUCGGCCUGUCUGUGUGUUUCCGUGUGUACGGUGUUUGUAUUCAACAUUUCAGUUAAUUUUUACUACUUUUUUCAAUAAAAUGCA